AGGGAAAGUUUCUCGUCAGGAUGUUCUACCACAGUUUGCAUUUUAUUCACGUGGUGGAUUGUUGCUGAUUCUUCUGGAAUUUCCUGAAAAAAAGAAUCCAUACUCGAGUGAACGCGAUUGGAAACCGUCUCUUAAGUUCUGAGCCAUGGACGAUAAUUCCAAGCGGCAAGGUACCCGGGUAUUUAAAAAGAGUUCUCCAAAUGGAAAGAUUACGGUAUACCUCGGCAAGCGGGACUUCGUGGACCAUGUCACUCACGUUGAUCCUAUCGAUGGGGUCGUUUUGAUAGACCCCGAUUACCUGAAGGACAGGAACAGAAAAGUAUUCGGUCAAGUGCUUGCUGCGUUUCGAUACGGUCGCGAAGACCUUGACGUUCUCGGCUUGACCUUUCGCAAGGACCUUUUUUUUGCAACGACCCAAAUUUACCCACCCAGUGAUGAAACCCCUGCCAGAACACCCACUCGUCUUCAGGAGCGGCUGUUGAAGAAGCUGGGUGCUAAUGCGCACCCGUUCUACUUCGAGCUCCCUCCGAACUGUCCUGCAUCGGUAACCCUGCAACCCGCGCCCGGGGACACCGGGAAACCCUGUGGAAUUGACUAUGAACUUCGCGCCUACGUUGCGGAAACUGCGGAAGAAAAGCAGCAUAAGAGGAAUUCGGUGCGAUUGGCUAUACGCAAAGUGAUGUAUGCACCUAGCAAACAAGGUGAGCAGCCGUACAUGGAAGUGAGCAAGGACUUCAUGAUGUGCCCAAACAAACUUCAUCUCGAGGUCUCUCUUGACAAAGAGCUUUACUACCACGGCGAAACGAUCAACGUCAACGUGCACGUCCAGAAUAAUUCUAAUCGGAGUGUGAGGAAAAUCAAGAUUUCAGUGCGGCAAUUUGCGGACAUCUGUCUGUUUUCUUCGGCGCAGUACAAGUGCAAUGUUGCAGAACUGGAUAGCGAGUGAGUUGAAGUUCCUUUUUCAUGUAAUUUUCAACGUACUGAGGGGUUCUUGUGAAUGAGGUAAAGAUUUCCGAGUGUCCUAGUUUUUUUUUUCAUGAAUCAUUUGCCGAUAAGUUGAAUUUGAAUGUGGUGAGGAUUGUGUGUGUAUUUUUUUUUUUUAAUAAUUUGAAACGAACGAAACAAAACCAAAAACAUUGAACAACAGAGAAGGAUGCCCCGUGACGUCGGGAUUCAAUUUGUCGAAAGUGUAUUCAUUGCGGCCGAGUGUGGCCGGUAACAAGUACAAACGGUGCUUGGCUUUGGACGGCCAAUUGAAGCACGAGGACACGAACCUGGCCUCGUCAACCUACUUCCCGAUCAACACGCCGUCACAACGGGAACAUAUGGCUAUAGUUGUGCAAUACAAGGUCAAAGUGAAGCUUAGUCUGGGUGCUCUAGGAGGGGAUUUGGUGGCCGAAUUGCCAUUCAUGUUGAUGCAUCCGAAACCCCUGGAAGAGAAUGGUAAAGCAGAGGGUGGUGAGACUGGAGAUGGUUCCGUUGCGGAAGAUGGCGCGGUGGCGGCCAAUGGUGUGACGACAGAGGUCGCUGCUCCGCAAGAAACCAACCUUAUUCAACUGGAUGAUCCAGUGAGCGAUGAACCGGAUGACAUAAUAUUUGAGGAUUUUGCUCGCCUAAGGCUCAAAGGAGAAACAGACGCGUGAAGGAGAAAAAAAAAAUACAACGAAGAACAAUGAAAGUUCCAAAGAAGAAGAAAGAGGAGGAGGAAUUUUGAAAGGAAACGAAUUCAAAGAAAGAAAAGUGGGAGGAAUUUGUCCCAUCCUGUUUUCAAGUUGCUUCCUCGCACUUGAGUCGAGGACUACGUGAAGUCGGUGGCGUGUGGAUUUCCGUUUUCGCUGUUUGUUUUUUUUUCAUUUCCUAAGCGAGGAUCCCUUUUCCGGUAUGUGACCAUAUUCCAUUUCAAGGAAGGAUCCGUGGGGAAAAUUGCUUUUCUUCGUUUUUGAAACGUAUCUUGUAUUAAUUUUUAUCUCGGAACCAGUUAUAAGCAGAUUUGUACUUAUUCAAUUUUAUCGAACAGAAUUUUUCCAUGGAGUAAAAGUAAAUCGUAAACUGAUAUAGUAACGGAAACUACUGGAGAUGGUCUUGAGAUCGGUAGAAAAAUCUGAGAUUUUUUCCUUUUGAUUUCACAACGAAAGUAGGAUUCGUUUCAGGGAUGAAUAUUUUCAAAAUCGGAUCUUGAAAAGUGAAAUGUUAUGUGCGAUUUUUUUUCUAUCCAAGAUUAGAAUCCCAUCGAAAGCUAUUUGUUCGUUGUUCUCAAUUUUUGUGAGCAUGGGUCACCUUCCGGAUUCGAAGCUUUUUAUGUUCGUCAUUCAUGUUUUUGCGCAAAAAAAAAGAGGAAGAAACACAGGAGAGGAAGUGAGACGGAUGGGAUUUCAAGAGUCAAAUAUUUUUGCUAACAUGCUGAUGUGCUGAAUGCGAGUUUUUUUGUUUUUUUUUUGAGAGAGAGAGUGGGUGAAAGAAAAAUGAGGUUCAUGUUGCUUAUAAUCGAAUCGUGCUAAGAAAAGAAGAAGAAAACUCAGAAACACACAAAAAACAGAAAUCUAGUCAAUGAAAAUGUUUUUUUUUUUCUUCGAGUGUUCCUCUUGUUGUUUUUUGUUGUUUUUUUUUUGGCGCUUUCCAAAUAUGAGAAAAAUGGGCGGAAAGGAAAAUGUUCUCCAGCUCUCUCCAUUCCUUCUUUUUUUUGUUUGAAAAGCAUUUUUUUGUGCAAUGUGGUCCGUUGCCAUGUCAAACAAACAUUCGGGUGAGGAAAAGAAGAGUUUACGUGGUGAUUCACGCUAGGAAAACGUGAAAUGUGUUUCCGAGAAAGUUCAGAAUUUAUGAAAGAAGACGAGGAAAAAAAAGGCGUUUCUUUGCAAAAGACGAAUGUAACAUUUUGAUUUCCUGAGGAUGCCGCAAGUUUUCAAUUCUGCGUUUCUCUCAUUUCGAAGUAAAAUAAUUUAUGACGCUGAUUUUCUUCCACUUGCCGAACAACAUUAUGCUUUCUUCUCGUUAUCAAAUGUUCACGAAUUCCGGAAGUAUUCACGUUUUUUUUUUCUUGGUCUGAAUCACCCUGUGACUUGGAAAGAAAAAAAAGCAAUCGUGCUUUUAAAAAUUUGAUCCAUUUUCCUGUCUUGAGGAAUUGCAUUCGAUAUUUCGUUGGACUGUUGCGUUUCUAGACUCGGUAAUUUUUUUUUUUUUUUUUUGUGGGACUGGAAGAAAUCUGUUGGAACUGUUUCUUUUUUUGCGGGUUAGAAUGAAAGGAAUGUAGGGAAACUGUGACAACUUUCCAGCUGCCCCUGGUUCGCCGAUUCGUUGUACGGGUACGAUUUUGCGAGCAGUUUCGUCUUUCCGGCCUGAGUUUGGGCUUUCGCCGAAAAACAAGGAAUUUUUGCGAAAGAGGAAAAAAAAAAGGUCGAGACAAAAACUAGUUGUUUUUUUUCCUGUCCCUUUUUUUCUCUCUCCCUCUGCAAAAUGGCUGAAAAAGAGGGAGUUGGCAAUUUCGAGGCAGGAUAGAAAGAGAGCAAUCCACACUAAAAACUGCGGGGGGAAAGAGAGGAGAAAAACAAAAGGAAGCCGGUUCGCGAACAAGUGUUGAUAUUCAUUGUAAAACAUUCUUCUCUGCGUGUUGUUGGGAUUUCAAUUACCCGCAUGUUCUUUCUUUGGAUUAAAAAAAAAAACAGUGCGACUGUUAUGAUGUUUUUCUUGGCGUCUUACUUUUUCCAGGCUUUUCAGUUGUUGAUCUUGAUUCAAUUAUUUGUUGGCAUUUUUUUGUUUCAAGGUGUUGCGAUGGGUCAUUGGACCUGUUUGAGUUUUGCCUUUUUUUGUAUUUAUCCUGUGGCGAUUCUUGUCUUGUCUGUGUCCGUGAAAAGUUGUGAUGUUUUGUUUCACAAUCAAAAGUUCUUCCAUCAAUUGAUGAAGUAGGAACAAGGUCAUAUUUUAUUCAUGAUCCAAUUGAGAAAUCAUCCUGCACGUUUAUUGAUGGAAGUGUUCAAAUGAUGAAAGUGGGUUACUGCACAAGUUGUGUCAGUUUUACAUGCUUAUGUCAAGUGGUUAAAGAUUUAAGUGAAUUCUGAAGUUAUAUUUGAGCAAUUCCUGCUUGGUCAGCUUAAAAUACAAUGACAGUUUAAAAAAAGGAA